AAGAAAUUAAACCAUUUCUCACUCAUUCAAAAUAAACAACCACUACCCAUUGCUAUAUAUAAACCCUAAUUAACCAACACAAGUCUCAUCGAUCCAAAACCAAUCACAUCAAAUUCCACUCAGUACUACUAAUUUCUCUUUCCGUUGUUGUUUGUCCCCUUAAGAGAAGAAAACAUGAGUGUGGAAAUUCUUGACGGUGCAACCAUCGUAGGUUUCGUGGAGGACGAGGAAGUCUUCAACGUGUGCGUGAGCGACCUCUUUUCUCAACUGGACACCGACAAGGACGGUCUUCUCUCUUACGCGGAGAUGCUGAAGGAGUUGCAGAGGCUGAGGGUGUUCGAGACCCACUUCGGCGUCGACGUGAAGCGUGACCCAGAUGAACUUGCACGUGUGUACGAGUCCCUGUUUGUGCAAUUCGACCACGACUUGAAUGGAAGGGUUGAUCUCCAAGAAUUUAAAGAGGAAACGAAGCAGAUAAUGCUUGCCAUGGCGAAUGGACUUGGAUCUCUCCCUGUUCAAAUGGCCCUUGAACAUGAUAGCCUCCUCAUGAAAGCCGUUCAACGAGAGUACUUUCCCAAAAUUGCCGCUUAAUUAAGAAUUAAUAGAAGAUAAUUAUUACUAUUCAUCAUUUAUACGCUUUGUUACGUUUUAAUUUUGUGUCAUUAAUUCAGUGGUUUAUUGUAAGUUUGUGUUUUGAUUAUUAGUUUUAUUUUAUUGUAGUUGUUGGCCAGUUGGGUCAAUGUCAUCGAUCAAUUAGAAAUGAGAAACUAAAAUCCCCUGGAAUAUUAUUUUUGUUGGUUC